AUGCGGUUUAAUGUAGGUCGGGAAAAUGUAUCUGCAGAAUUACAAUUGAAAAAUUAUUACAGUGUAGUGUGUGUAAAAGAAUUACAGUGUAGUGUCUAUUUAAAGCAAUUGAUUUUGAAUUCCACAAAACUAGAUUUUUAUAGAGUAUUGCUGAGAGCAGAAUUCCCAAAGAUGAUCGUUCACGUCCAGAAAAUUAUGGCGAUGUUUGCGUCGUCUUUAGUGUGCGAACAGACUUUUUCAACUAUGAAAUUGGGGAAAAACUCAAUCAGAAACCGAUUGACUGAUGAACACCUUUUUGCACUGUCGAAAGUUGCUUCGUCAAAAUAA